GGACAGGACAGCGGGAGUGAAUCAACCCAGCUCCAUCUGACUGUCUCUCCGGACCGUAGGAGCCACGUUUUCCGAAGGAUUUACAAUACAAACAAUGGGCUAUAGGGAAUCGUGUGCCCUGUAUUGGGCAGAAUUUUGGGAUUAUGAAACUCCCAAAGUUGUAGUGGUUAAAAACCGAACUUUAGGAAUUAUCUACAGAAUUAUCCAACUUCUUAUCAUCUUAUACUUUGCUGUGUAUGUUUUCAUUAUUCAGAAAUCAUACCAAGAAAGAGAAAAUGCUCCAGAGAGUUCAGUCAUCACCAAGAUGAAAGGAAUUGGAAUGUCAAAUUCAUCCAUGGGAAUGAAAAUAUGGGAUGUGGUAGAGUAUGUUCAUCCACCAGAGGGUCGAGAUAUUUUCAGCAUUACUGUGCGAACUAUAACCACACCAUUGCAGAGGCUGCAAACCUGUCCUGAGAAUGACAAAGUUCCUGGAUCUAGAUGCUCGUCUGACUCAGAUUGUCUGGCUGGAGAAAUGGAAUUACUUGGAAAUGGCGUGAAAACUGGGAGAUGUGUAACAUAUCAUGAUUCGAUAAAGACCUGUGAGAUUUAUGCUUGGUGUCCAGUGGAGAACAGAUUAUCAAUAAGGGACUCUGUAUUGAAAAUGGCACAGAAUUUCACCAUAUUGGUCAAAAACAGUAUUCACUUCCCCAGGUUUGGGUUUACAAAAGGAAACUUUCAGAAAAGCAGACACCCGAGUUAUUUGAGAAAUUGCAGUUUUGAUGAGGAGACUGAUCUUUAUUGUCCCAUUUUUCCAUUGAACUUCAUUAUCGAAAAAGCAGGAGAGACGUUUGAUGAGCUCAGCCAAACGGGAGGAAUUCUGGGAAUAAUAAUAAGUUGGAUCUGUGACUUGGAUAAGGCAGCUUCAGAAUGUAACCCUCAUUAUUCCUUCAGAAGACUUGAUGCUGUUUCCCAAGGUAGUGACUCUUCCUUAGGAUAUAAUUUCAGGCAUGCAAAGUACUACAUGGAGAACGGCACUGAAUACAGGACUUUAAUAAAAGUGUUUGGGAUAAGAAUUGACAUUAUUGUUCACGGUGAGGCAGGGAAGUUUGAUAUUGUUCCAACAGUAAUUAAUAUUGCUGCAGCCCUCACGUCUAUCGGAGUUGGUUCAUUCCUUUGUGACUGGAUUUUGCUGACCUUCAUGAACAAGAAUGAUGUCUACAGUGCAAGGAAGUUUGAAGAGGUUAUUAAAGAAAGAAUUAUACUGGCAGUCAAUGAGCAUGGAGCUUCAGAACAAGAACUGAAAGCAAUGCAAGCAGAAAAUUGCAAACAUUGUUGAGUUCCAUAUUAUGUCAUCCAUCUUGAAGUGGGAUGCAGAUAAGGUAUUCAAAAAAGUUGAGUGGGUCUUGGGAAUCAAAUAAAGUAGACAACCUCCCUGAACUUUCUUGGUUUCAUUUAAGGGGUGAAAAUUGUUAUAAUGUUAGCACUAUAAAACUUUUUAGGCAGGAGAUAAUGCUCACUUUCAUUUUCAUUUUAUAACACAUCUUAACUGCCCUUGAGAUGGACAAAUAACAAGUCAAACUAAUGCAGCGCUGAACCAAUUGUACGCUGACACUGCUAUUAAGGUUCAAUAAUAAAUAUGAUCACCACAUUUUAACUCUUCAGUAUUGAAGGGAAACUGCCAUUUGAGCCAAUUCCUUAUUUUGUCAGCUGUGUAAGAGUCAGUAAUUACACAUUUUUUUUAAAAAGUAAGAAAUAGAAUUUUAAGACGUGUAUAAACUGACGAUGUGGCAGUUCCAAUGGUCAGAAUGCUGUACCUAAAUAAGGGAUAUUUUGAAUUCUUAGUCUAUGAUAUGCAAAAUUGAUGGGCAAGGCAAAGGCAGCUGAUACAUUAAACUUGCUUUAAACCUCACAAUGGUACAAUCCACGGAAAUAGUUAUUUCCCACUUUCUCAUCGCAGGCAUGUAGGCACAGAGUAAACAAAGACCUUAGGGAUGGGGUGGUGGGGGGGUCAAUAAGUUACAAAAGCUUUCUGGAAAACUGCAGUCCAACCUUCUCAGAUGAUUAAAACUGAUCUUGGUGGACCAAGGAAGGAACAUUUGCUAUCUAUAGAGAUACUUGGAAUGUAAUGUAAUCCAAGUCUAGCUUUCCCAUAACGGUGUUCAGACAGUCAGCAUCAGCACACCAGUUGUCAAUCUACCCUAGGCCUUACUACUCCUUAGGAAAAGAACAGCCCCUUAAAAUCAGACUGUUCUAACCGUGGACUGUUCAAACUUAUGCUCCUCUCCAUUCUGCUAAACUGGAAUAUGCUCUUAACAGACAUAUUAUCCAAACCUUUCCAUUGUUUUAUACAUUUCUAAAAUGUAUACAAAACUAGCGUA